AUGGAGCAGUUGCAAGCGCCAGGUAGGGUCAGGAAACGAAAGGCGGAGAACCAAAACAGUGAACGACUAAGUAAACGACUGAGUCUACUCAAUCUUGAGCGCGAUGGCCAGCGGCUCUACGUUCCUGUUGAACAGCCGGCUUUCAACAGCCCACCACCGGACCGGAAACCCUCAGCUCUUAAAGAUGUAGAUGUAAUGCAACUGGACGACUCGAAGCAUAAGGUCUAUAUAUAUGACCUCGACGCUGAGCUAUCAGACAGUGGCGAAUCUGACGAUGGCAAGCUAGUCUUCCUGCCUGAUAUCAAAAAACACCUCCAAGUAUCACGAAUACCCCCCUCCAUCCUAGCGAACAGCGACGGCGAAUUAGCAGGGAACAAUCAGCUAGUGCUCUAUAAUAUCCCAAGCUCUCUGACGGUACCCGAGGCACAAGAUAGCGUGCGCAAAGCUAUCAUUGAAACAAGGGCCAGGGCAAGAGCGAAACAGGACGAGAAAGGGAACAACGAUAACCUGAAGACUCCGACAAUCAUCACGCCUGUGGAGAAUGGUCUGGACUCUCGAGACUGGUAUCGUGGCAGGGUCAAUGUAAAUGCGCCUACUCCCACCGAAAGAAUGGCAGAGGAACCGGCAGCUGUAAUAGCUCAGACAGCUACGGACGAUGACCCAGACGCUAUGGAUUUAGGAUAA